GAAAAAGUAAUAUUCUUAUCUAAAAGUCUUCACAAAUACCUCUAGUAUGUCGAUUUGUGUUUUUUUAUUUAAUAUUAAUUUCUUUAUCAUAAAAAAUUGGUACCAAAUAAAAAUAUUUCCUGUUUCUAACGAAAAUCAUGAAUACUUGUAACGGUUGCCAUGUAAUCAUUGAUCAAAUACGUGUAUAUGUACGAAAUAAACGUAUUAAGUAAUAAAUAGUGUUCGGUAAAGAAAUUCAAGAUUAAAUUUCGUUAAAUAUGGCAGGAAAGAAGAAGAAAUCCGUAGCUAAUAAAUUAGCCAAAAUGUCCGAUGAAGAAAGGGCGAGGUAUAUGCAGCAUCGAGCUGAAAUGGAAGAAGAAGCGAAAAGAAGAAAAGAACAAUUAAUUGCCACGUUCAUGAAGAAAAAAGUGAAAAAAGAAGAAGCAUUUUCAAGAUUGAACUUAGCAAAAAUUAACCAAAAUUGGCAUCAAAUACUGCGCAAAACAAAAUGUCAAGAAAUGAAGGAAAACAUCGAGCAUUUAAGAAAAUGGAUAGAAAGAGUAAUUCAAUACAAAAAUGAAACUAUUUCGAGAUUAGUAAAAGAACUCGACGUAGCCGAAGAUGACUAUAUAACUAACCUCUAUUCACAUUCCAAUCAUAUCGUUAAAAUUUUGGAAAACCAAAACGAGUACAUGGAUAAAUUGAAUGCUCAGUAUCAAGAGGAUUUAAAUAGGUUAUUGAGGGAAGCCGAAGUGGAGAAAGAAAACAUUUUAAAAAACGCCGAGGAACAACAAAUACAUUUAAAGACUAUACUGUAUCGACAAGGAAUGAAUGAAAAACAUAUAAAAGAAGAAGAAGCGCAGUAUGUGCAAAAAUAUUAUGAAGAUCAGUACGAGUUUGAAUCGAAAUUAGAAAAAAUGCGCAGUGCUAGAGAGGAAGUUUGUUGUACAAUUUGGAGAGGAAUAGAAAAAACCAUUCAAGAUUACAUCGACAAAACUAAUCCUUGGAGAAUGCACAUUGCAGAGUUGAAGAGAUUAGAUAGGGAAUCCGCUGAAGAAAUAUCUCGAAAUAAAGAGCGAAUAUUACAAGACGAGAGUUUAAAGGAAAAUAUUAAAGAAGAAUUGGAGAGAACACGUACGUCACAGGAAUACGAAUUGGCAGCUCUAAGUGAAGAAUUGGUAAAAUUGCAAAAAAAAUUCAAUAAGUUGCGCACGCAGCUUAACAAUGAUCUGCAAGUCGAUGAAAAAAAAUUAAAAGUGCUUGUAGAAGUUUCCGAUGAAACUAAAAGAUAUUUAGAAGGAUUAGUUAAAAAGGGAAACUGUAUUUUGAAUUUUUUGGAAAUUUGCAAAACAUUCGAAACGGAUCGUGAAAAAAUAAUGCAAUGGUACCAUACAAAAGUGUCUAAAAAUUACGGCGAAAAGGUAAAAGAAGAAGAAAAUAACAUAGAAAGUGUAAAACAUCAGUAUUUUCCAAUUGACAGCGAAAAAGAAGAAGAACAUAAUAUAGAAACCGUAAAACAUCAAUAUUAUCUAAAUAACGAUGAAAAAGAGGAAGAAAAUAACAUAGAAAUUGUGAAUCAUGAAUAUUCUCCAGAAUUUGGAUUUUCUUUAACAUUAGGAGAAAUUAUUCCUUCCGAUACAACCAUAACUGCAAUUAAAAAUGUGACAGUUCAAGAUAAACAUCCUGUAGAAUGUUCACUGAAUAAUCUUCCUACAGGGCUCAUUGAUGACUGUUUGAAAGAUUUGGAACGGUUCGAGAAUUUUUGGAUGAAAUACAAUAAAGUCGAGGUCGAUUAUUUGGAUAUUCUAGGUGAGAAGAAACAUCUACUAGAAGAAAAUAAACAGUUACGAGGAAUGAUACGUGCCGUUUUGGAAGCCACUGCUUUAUCUCAUUCAAUUCCUAACAGUAAAGUCCCUACCAGGAUUCCAUCUAGAAGGAUCAGUGCUCGUUCUGCCCCGUUAAGAAGAAUGGUUUUCUAAGUAUUUUUCCAAUCAAAACAUAUGGCUCCAUCUAUUGACAGAAGUUGAAAUUUUUCUGAUUGACGUUUAUUUCAUAGUUAAUCACAUAUUACCAAUAUUUAGAUAGUUCACGUGAUUCAUGUGAUUAGUUCUUUUGAAAUUAGCGCCAUCUACAACCACAGAAUAUUGAUAAUACGUGUCGUAAUUAUUAUAUAUUAUUAUUAUUAUAAAUCAAUGAAAUUAUCUUGUAGUUUUUGGGUUGUAAUUAUAAAAAGAUUGGAAAUUAUAAUAAAAAUUCUUUUUAUUAAUAAA